GGCUCCGUUAUCUCGCCAUGAUUUUGAAGGUGUCAGUAAUUCUGCUGGCAGCCGCGGUGGUGUCAGCGCAGGCGGCGCAACUGGGCUACGGAUACUCAGCGCCCCAGAUACCACAACAGAAUGCGGUGACCAACAAUUAUCUUCCUCCUUCUGAGAGUUCCUCGUCCGAAGAAUCGAGAGAAAUCUUCGCGUCCAGAUCCUACCGGCCUCAGAGUGACGAGUCCUUUGAGGAUUACAGGCCCCCCAAGUACGACUUCUCCUACACCUCGUCGGACCUCCGCGGCCACGACUUCGGCCACAAGGACACCCGCGACGGAGACAACACCAAGGGAUCCUACCACGUCCAGCUCCCCGACGGGCGCAAGCAGGUCGUCAGCUACCGUGUGGACGGCGACUCGGGGUUCGUAGCCGAGGUCACGUACGAAGGGGAGGUUCGAUUUGCCCAAGGACAGCCUCGUCAGGUAGCAAGACACUACGGCGUCCCUGACUCCGACGAGUCCGAUGAGUCUCGCGAAGUUCCUCGUGUCUCGGUUCCCAGGCCUCUUUACUCAGCUCCCGACUCCGAUGAAUCUGACGAGUCCAGGGAAGUCCCCCGACGCGUCCCGUCCCCUCGGCCCAGGUAUUCCCGCCCUGUGUCCCUCGAAUCUGCCGAGUCUGAGGAAUCGAGGGAAGUCCGACGGUUCCCAACGCCCAGGCCGAGGUACGCGCGCCCUGCUUCGGAUGAGUCUGACGAGUCUCGGGAGGCGCCGACCCUCACCACGCCCAGGUCGCGGUUCUUCAUCCCAGAGUCAGAGGAAUCCAAGGAGUCCGCUGAAGGGUACGUCUACACAACGCCCGCCACGCCCUUCGUAGCCACGACUCCUGCCCCCUCGUACUCGGCUCCCGUCGCUCGCCCUCCUUCUCCCAGGCCAAGGAUCACCUUCCUCGAUUCUGAUGAAUCGGAUGAGUCAGAUGAGUCAAGGGAGAUCCCGACCCCGAGGCCAACCACGACUGCACGACCAGUCACCAGGCGUCCUGACUCUGACGAAUCGGACGAGUCUCGCGAAGGAUACUCUUACAGGCCUCCCAAGACGCCCUUCGUCCUCACCACGACUCGAAGGCCAACCACGACCCCACGACCAGUCAUUAGACGCCCUGAUUCCGAUGAAUCCGAUGAAUCAGACGAAUCACGCGAAGGAUACUCUUACAGGCCUCCCAAGACUCCUCUCGCCCUCACAACCGCCAGACCAAGGAAGAUCCCGACCCCCAGGCCAACCACGACUCCACGACCAGUCAUCAGACGCCCUGAUUCCGAUGAAUCAGACGAGUCUCGUGAAGGAUAUUCUUACAGACCUCCUAAAACGCCCUUCGUUUUGACAACCCCGAGACCAAGAUAUUCACGGCCUGACUCCGAUGAAUCCGAUGAGUCAGAUGAGUCAAGGGAGAUCACGACCCCGAGGCCAACCACGACUCCACGACCAGUCACCAGGCGUCCUGACUCUGAUGAGUCUGACGAAUCUGAUGAGUCCAGAGAAGGAUACGUCUACAGACCUCCGAAGACUCCCUUCGUCCUCACCACCGCUAGACCAAGAUUCCCACGCCCGGAUUCCGAUGAAUCGGACGAGUCAGAUGAGUCAAGAGAGACCACAACCUCAAGACCAAUCACGACUCCACGCCCAGUGAUUAGGCGUCCCGACUCUGACGAAUCGGACGAAUCACGCGAAGGGUAUGUUUACAGGCCCCCCAAGACUCCUCUCGCCCUCACAACCGCCAGACCAAGGAAGAUCCCGAUCCUCAGGCCAACCACGACUCCACGACCAGUCAUCAGACGCCCUGAUUCCGAUGAAUCCGAUGAAUCCGAUGAAUCAGAUGAAUCACGCGAAGGAUACUCUUACAGGCCUCCCAAGACUCCUUUCCCCCUCGCCACCGCUAGACCAAGAAAGAUCCCGACCCCCAGGCCAACCACGACUCCACGACCAGUCAUCAGACGCCCUGAUUCCGAUGAAUCCGAUGAAUCUGAUGAAUCGCGCGAAGGAUACUCUUACAGGCCUCCUAAAACGCCUCUCGUCUUCACCACCGCAAGACCAAGGCUUCCCCGCCCGGACUCAGAUGAAUCCGAUGAGUCAAGGGAAGUCCCCCGCGUCACAACGCCCAGUCCAAGGUAUUCUCGCCCGGAUUCCGAUGAGUCGGAUGAAAGUGAUGAGUCAGUUGGGAGGCCCCGCUUGAUAGUGCCGAGACCGCGAUCUUCACGUCCAGACUCCGAUGAAUCCGAUGAAUCGGACGAAUCACGCGAAGGAUACUCUUACAGGCCUCCCAAGACUCCUUUCCCCCUCGCCACCGCUAGACCAAUAAAGAUCCUGAGACCCAGGCCAACCUCGACUCCACGACCAGUCAUCAGACGCCCUGAUUCCGAUGAAUCUGAUGAGUCUGAUGAAUCGCGUGAAGGAUACUCUUACAGGCCUCCUAAAACGCCCUUCGUUUUGACAACCCCGAGACCAAGGCUUCCACGCCCAGACUCUGAUGAAUCGGACGAGUCAGAUGAGUCAAGGGAAAUCACGACCCCGAGGCCAACCACGACUGCACGACCAGUCAUUAGGCGUCCUGACUCUGACGAAUCGGACGAGUCUCGCGAAGGAUACUCUUACAGGCCCCCCAAGACGCCCUUCGUCUCAACCACCGCUAGACCGAGACUCCCACGCCCGCACUCGGACGAAUCUGAGUCUCUCGAGAGCUCAGAGGAAUCCCUGGAAAUCCCCCGCAUCACGACGCCAAGGACGAGAUACAUCGCCCCGGAUUCCGUAGAGACGCCGGCACCUACCACGCCCAGGACUCGUUACGUGGCCCCCGAGUCGUCCGAGGAAUCGCGAGAAGGGGGCUAUGACUACACGCCGCCGAAGACUCCUCUCAACUUCCCGGCCCAGGACUCUGAGGAAUCGGAGGAAGCUCCUAGGACUCUCUAUUCUGCCCCAGAGCCACAGGAGUCCAAAGAGUCUCGAGAGGGAUACGUGUACAAUGCUCCCAGUGUUCCUUUUCCGUUCCCACAGUGAGCAGUAGAGUUGCGUCUAUGUAAGAUAUGUUGAUUCCCACAUUUAUGUGCUUUUUAUCCUUAUUUCCUUCUUGCUCUUGCUCAUCUUCAUUUCUUUUCCAUUUUGUUUAAUUAUCAUUCUUAUUCAUCUUAUUCUUCCUCAUCAUCGCCUGCUUCUUCCCUCCUUCAUUGCUCGAGACCCCUUCCAGGAUUUGAUGAUUUUGAUGAUGAUGAAGCACAAUCUCAUCAAAAUUAUCAAUUUCAUUUAAGAUGCAGUGGAAAAUAAAUUCAGACUUAAUGUACACAAUACGUAUAUACAGAGAAACACGUGUACUGAAUAACGACAACAUUCGCCAAAACAGAAAAAAAUAUAUAAAAAAGAAAAAUAUAUACAUACGUGUUACAACAGGCAAGACACAUUUGCUUCCAAAGCUUGUGAAUAGGUAGGUAACUUAUAAAGAUUUUUUUUUAAAUAAUAAUAAAUAAUGGAAGUUAUUAUUUAUUACGCAUAUUUAUAUUUAUUUAUUGCUACGGCUUUCUCAAUAAAGAU